AUGUUGAACGUAAACGUCGAGAGAAGGCGACGAAGACGACGUAAACGACGAAGAGCGAAAGAAGAAGAAGAAGAGGAGGAAGGAUUUUUCGUGUACAGGAGAGACCCGUGGACGAAAGAGAGGGUGAAAGUGAACGAGGACGGAGAGGAGAUCGAGAGGAGUUGUUCUUCUGAAUCCUCGGAGUCAGAUUCCGAAGCACAUCGUCCCCGUUCUUCUUCUUUUUCUUUUUCUUCUUCUUCGUCGUCGUCGUCCGAGGAGGAGGAUGAGGAUGACGAUGCCGACGUCUCGGGCGGCGAAGAAUAUUGCGAAGAUGAAGAAGAAGACAAAGAACAAAACGAAACGCUUUCAAUCGAUGAGGACGACAUUGCUUUACUCGCGGUGCAUCCUUCGACAGGGGCGAAUACUAAUACUAAUACUAAUAAUAGGAGUGUUAUCGAAGACCCGAGAAACUACUGUUUGUUUCGGUUCCGUUGGUGUUGGAAGUUUGAUUCGUUGUCUUGGUGGGUGGCCAUGUGUUUCUUAUUCGCCGCUUUGUUUUGCGUCGUCGGUUCCGCGUGUUCGUGUUUUCGCCGGGUGACGAGAAACCCAGAGAUGUACGUGAGAGCUGAACUGGUUCCGUAUUUAAUCGGCGGCUUUUUCUUCUUUUUUGCGAGCGCGUUAACGCUGUGGGCGUCCUACCGAGCAAAGAGGAAGUACUCGAGAGCGAAAAAUAAGCGACGCGUGAAAUUCGGGGGUGAUGCAAGAUUGAGAGAGCAAAUACGAGAUGAGAACGAUUUGAACGUGGUUUUGUUUGAACAACGAACACGCGAGAUGGAACCGAGCAGACAGAUGUGGUUGAGAGAAAAUAACGACGAGUGGAUUAAACGAACGAGAAAGUUAGAAUUGAUUGGAGCGCUGUUGACGUUAAUCGGAAGCGGUUUGUUCGUCGCCGAAAUCAUAGCGACGAUGGUGAUUGCAGAUUCCGCGCACUGGGUUACCGUUCCAAUACACGCGAAUACGAACAGUACGCAUCACGGUCACUGGUGGUAUCACACGCACUUUGAUUCCUCGGAAGAUCGAAAGCAGUUCGUGCAAAUGUCCACCGUAGUCGAAGUGCGAACUGGGCACUGCGGUGCGUUAGCUUAUCUCUUCGGCUCGUGGUUUUAUUGGUGCGCGAGUAAACGCCAGUGGGUGUGGAAUCCUUUUCUGUUACCAAACGGCGCGCACGAAAAAAUUUCAUUUUAUUCCUUAAUCGGAUCGUGGUUGUUUUUAAUCGGGGCGAUAAUGACACCGCCAGCGUCAACGUUUGCAGUGGCGAAUAGCAUGGCGAGCGGCGCGCCUUCUACUUCUUCGACGACGCAUAACGAAACCGUGUCCUCAUCGAUGGUAUCGAUGGUAUUAGAAAGACUCUACGAUGAGAUGGCGAACAAUAAUCAUACGACGACGCCGAAUAGCAGCGGUAACGCAUCGAGCUCGCCGUAUGGCAAUGACUUUCCAACAAACCACGAUAUCAAAGCAGAUCACGCGCGUUUUGUAAAAGGUGCGUUGUGGUUGUUUGUUGGCUACGUCAUGGGCAGCGUUUGUUAUUGCGUGCAAGCGCUUUUGAUGAUUCACACCAUCGCGCUCGCGGAGCAAAGGAAACAGGCGCACGCGAACUCGUCGCAUUCCCAACAUUUGCGAUCACAUUUGCGACGUUCGCACAGUCACCGCCGAAAUACUGCGGUUUAG